AUGUCGAUAAGAGCUGUGGCAGUUGCGUUUACGUUAUUCUUCGUCACGUCUUUGCUGCAUACCAGCGACGCAGUUUGUAAAAGUCCACGAGGGAGCAAAACUUGGAGAAGGAAGAGCUUAGUGGACCGUGCUAUCCAGUCUGAUAUUGUCAUCUAUGGCGAAGUUUUUAACAGCCCGUGUUGGAAACCUGGCUUUGUAAAACCAACGAAUGCUCCACUCACGACGCCAACUCAAGCUCCAAGCGGCGUCAAUUCCACGAAUACAACAAGCAACACGACAGGGUUCAUUACGACUCCUUCGCCACCGAAGCAAGCAAAUGCAACAGCCAACACGACGACCCAAUCUAUUGUGCCAACCACGGAAGUCCCGUACAACUGUAGCACAGAGUACUAUAACGCGAUUAUCAAGGUUCUAUGUGUGUUAAAAGGAGGCUCAGUGCCUCUACUUAUUAAUCUGGAGGGUCUUGGUCAUGGAGAGGGAGUCUGUUUGGAUGAAUCGUACCACGACCAUCACGCGUAUAGAAUGUUGAAAUAUCUUAUUUUCAUCGGAAGGUAAAGUUUUGUAAUUUUGUUAAUUCCACAUUUGUAGUUUUUACACUUUGAAGUUUCGUGAGAAAUUUCCUCGAUUUAAUCAUGCUCGCUUUUAAUGCAGAGGAAUUUUUGCGAAACGCUGAGAAGUAUUUCUUCAAUUAAGGUUUUGAGAAUCGACAAAGAACUAGCGAAUUUCAUUUCGAAUUUUUAGUCGCUCACAAAAGACUCCAACCAUGAUGAUUCAUCUACGUGUAGCUUUACGGAGACCAGCAGCUCUUUGACUCUACAAAGUACAUCAUGUUAAUGUUUUUGAGGAAUGAUUUUAAUCGCUCUUCAUGUGCUGUCGGUUACGUUGAUGUUAACACUUAUCAAACAACAAGCUCUCACUCCUAUAUAAUUUAUAAAGGGAUCGUUUUUUUUAUUUAUUUUUUUUUUGUUUUUAGCCAGAUAGUGAACAAACAUCUACUGCACCAUAGGCUUUUUUUCAGUUUUAACCCGCUGAGAGCUUUUUGCUAUAAUGUUUUCAAGUAAAUGAAUUGUUUUUGAGAACGUGUGAUAAUUCCGUAGCUGCUCCUCGGCUUGCUCGUUUCGCAUGAUCGGUGAACUUACAAUUUCUUCUAAGUUCAUUUUAUUCCUUUCGCAAAAUAACUAGUUUCCAACGGACUUAUUUAAUUUCAUUUUGCCAACAAUUUGAAAAUUUUCACGCACCAGUGAUGUUUAUAAACACCUACUGAUAAGAAAUAGCAAUACUUUAUACGUGCGAAAUGGUCAAAGAAAAACUUGCAAGGGGCUCGAAUUCAGCCAUCUCGUUCUUGAGUUCAGUGCAUUAAUUAUUAGCCGUCCCAGCUUCUUAGCUUACCCUGCCAACUAAGAGACCAUCAGCAGUUGAUUCCUUUUGAAGCUUACUCAAUUCUAAUUCAUUCCUUAGGAAGGAAAUCCCAAAUGAAAAAGGUCAAUUCAGGAUCUAUCCAGUGAACUACCAGCCUGCUCUUAAAGAGAUCGAUGAUGAAACCGAGUUGGAUCCUAUCUUUGAAGCUGUUGGUCGAAAUGCUCACUUGCCUAGCAACAUCGUCAAUCAGAAAGACCAUGUCAUGUGUAAGCCUUACGUGGAUUCUGCGCAUGCGUGCCGUUCGAGUCUUCUAAUGAUCCUGUUCUUGUUUAUCUCAUAUAUAAUGUAUUGACUUUAAGGCUGCACAUCUAGCACCGAUGAUUAUUUUAAAGGAAAGGUUCCCG